AUGAAUAGUAAACAACAUCAUUCAACUUAUUGCACCACGAUAAAAAGUAUCGCCACUAUUCUGGUUCUCACCGCGUACUCAUCAUUGGUACUAGCGGAUCUUCCCCAUUACACUAUCUACAAAAGCUUCCCAACUGCAUUCUACGAAUGUGCGGAAUACUAUCGAGUUCCCAACUGCACCGUUCGACGGUACAUCGAGCAAUCCUACCCACCAGAGGAGGAGGUGAAGAAACUCAUUCGUUGCACUUUGGUUAAUUUGGGUGCCUGGGAUGAUGAGAGCGGUGUGCAUCAACAGGUCAUGCGCAACUACUUUGUCCCGCGACCCGAUGACACUUGCUACGAAAGACGAACUCGCGAGUGUCUCGAAAGCAUUGUCUACGACGAUGUUUAUAGUCGUGCAUACGAAUCGUUCAAGUGCUACCUUCGUAACUAUGGAACACUCGUCUCGGAUGACAAAUUUGUGCCCAACGAGCAGCUGGAAUUGGAUCAGUUGGCACUCACCAGCCUGAUCAUCUCCAACCUUCCCUUUGACGUUCUCGUCCAGUACUGCAGAGGAAAUAUUCAGGAUGAAAAGCAUUUCCCCGACAUAUUGUACGUGAUAAUGGUACGAGGUGGAUACUAUAGCCCUCAAAACGGUUGGAACUUGGAAAAUUUGUACACUCAACUCGGGUAUGACAUCCUGCUGGACCCAUACACCAAAAAGUGCAUCACAGACGUCGCGAGAGAGAAAUGUAACGCCGAUGAGAUUACGAAAUUCUUAGAAACGUGGCAACGGUGUCUUAGCUCUUACGUUCCACUGUUGCGUCAUAUUCAGGAUGAGGCUAAGAAAUUGAUCGGUGCAUCUGCUAAAUGUCUAUGCUCUACGGCCUCAUACAAUGAGGAAAUUAAAUGGUGA